UUUGAAGUGUCAUGGCCUCUAUGGAAGUGUCAAAAUAAUUUCAAUAAUGAAAUGUAAAUAAAAACAAAUUCAGCAUUUAGAAAACUGUGGCACUAAAUCUACAACUGUUGACCAAACUUCUAUUGGAGAUAUUUUGUUAAUGUGAGUGAUAAAACGGGUGAUUACGUUAUUGUUCAUAGGUUUUAAUUAAUAAAAAAAAAUGGGUGGUGCAUGUGAAAAACAAAAAUUCUCACGUUUCUAAUUCAGUUAUAAUUAAAAUGUGGAACUUUGCUUUCUUUUCUAUUUUUUUCACGUAUUAGUACAGUUAGCCCGAUCUGGUCGUUGUUAUACGGUGCGGAUUAGCAUUUGUGUGGAGUAUGGAGUUAAAAGUUUGGGUUGAAGGAAUCCAGCGAAUUGUUUGCGGUGUGACGGAAAAAACCACUUGUCAGGAUGUUGUGUUUGCGUUGUGUCAUGCAACUGGGAAGAUUGGUCGUUUUACAUUGAUUGAACGGUGGCGCAGUAACGAGCGUUUAUUGGCUCCGAACGAGAAUCCACUAAAGAUCCUGAUGAAAUGGGGCGAAUUCUCAAGUGAUGUGCAGUUUAUCUUACAAAGAUCAGAACAACAAAAAACCGAUACCAAACAAGCAUCGCAAAAUUGUAAAACCGAAGACGUUCCGUCGCCAGCAACAACGUCCACUGCCAUUUCAAUUCAACCGCUCGGAACCGAACGCAAUAAAGAAAACCGUAAAAGUUUCGGAUCACACGACGGCCGACCACCAGAAAAUGUUGGUGUAGUAAAGGGAAUUCCACAAGCGUUUCCUACAUUACAUCAGUACCAACCACCGACGUCACCCAUUAACCCGACAACAUCUAAUGAAAAUCCAAACAGCAGCACUAACAACUCCACCGCCAUAACACCAAAACCAAAUGAAUUCAAUUCGGCCCAUGUUCGCAAUUCACUGGACCGAAAAACUAAUCUGUUCCGGGAUGCCAGUAGCAACGAGAGUCUGAUGGACGUUUACGGUACGCGUAGCAAUCAUGAAACAUACAAAAUUAAUCCGUUGAUCUCGUCAAAUGGAGCUUUGAUACCGCCGCCAUAUAGAGAUCCACCACCACCACGCGUUAGCCCAUUGCACCAAAAGAGUGAUAGUUUAAGUAAAAUGUUUGAGUAUAAGGAUAAUGUAAAUAUGAACACAUUUGUCAGCGUCAAAGAUUUGAACGAUUCGAGUGAAACUAUUUUCCAGAAUUCACAGUACCGCGAUCUGAUACAACUAAUCAAAUAUCAGCGAGAAAAAAUCAGUUCACAACAGGCGGAUCUAACAAAGUAUGAUGCAGAAAUCGUUUUCUUGGAAAGUAAGGAGCGUGAUCAACUGCAACAAAUCGAUGCCAUCACCCGUGAAAUCAGCAAAACCGAUCAACUUUUCCGUCAGGGUCAAGAACACCUGCAAUCCCUUCAAUAUGUUGAAGAAGAAAAUGAGCUCGUGCGACAGCAAGAGAAAACACUCAAGUCAGAAAUCACGCUAUGCCGCUCAAAAUUGGCCAACUGUCAAACCGAAUUGCUGCAAUGCAAAAACAAAAUUCGGCUCAUCAUGGACGACAUUCAAAUUGAGCAACGUACGCUUCUAGCUACCCGUCAAUUCGACAAUAGUCAGAAUUCGGAGCGAAAUUUUUUGACCGAAGUGGAGCGAUUGCAAGCGGAAAUCGAUCAUGCCAUUUAUAAUUCGGACGCGUCCAAUCAAACCAUGGACAAUUUGAAGCAGGAGGUGGCCAUCAUUGAAUGUGCUAUUGCCGAAAAAAAGAAACAGGCCGAACAUUUGGUCAAUGAGAUGAAGGAAAUAAAUUUGAAGAGUUUGGCCGUUCUGCCGUCGGAAGAGAUUCGUCAUUUAUUGGAGGGAUCCAAUCGACCAGGUAGUACACGAAGAAUUAUUGGCUCGCCCAGGCAAUUGGAAACGGCUGUACCGACAAGUAAAAAUCCACAUGGUGUUUGGGUGUAGAGUUAGUGUGGUGCUAGAGAAUAGAUUGCCACAAUCGUCGUAUGCGGCUUCACAUCCGAAAAGAUCUCUCCGUUUUCAUUACGUUUAACUUAACUUUGGGUCACGCCUUUCAUAACAUGCGCUCCAUUGUUUAAAUACAGUCGCUAUUGUUUGAACGCAUCAGGCAACCGAAAAACGGAGAGAUUUUGUGAGUGUGAAUCGCCUUAUAACAUGUAGCUCCAACUAACAGAUUCCACUUUGAAUUCAUUGUUGAUUGUUGUUGUUGUUUUUUUUUUUCAAACAAGAGUUUUAUCAAGAAGAGAGAAUAAGCAUUUAUUUAUACCAGAACGGAGAGCACAGAAAAUUAUUAUUUUAGAGAGAACCACUGACCACAAUUUUAUUAUUCAUGUAUUCAUGUAGAGAAUAAGACUUUUAUCACACCAAAA